CUGGUAUGCUAAAUAGUUUGUUAUUGCCGUCAUUUUACAAAGAGAAUGCCACAAACGGAGAUUUUGCAUUAGACUAAAAAUAAAUAAAAACCUUGGCCAAGGGAGCCUACCAAAAGACAAAAUUUUCGCAACACUACAAUGAAACGAAUUUUCACAUCAUCUCCCAUUGUUUGGCCAAGGAUUUAUUAGUUUGUGAAACAUUAAUUUUAAUAACAAUAAUUCGAAAUACAAUUUUAUAAAUUAAUCCUUAAAGAAUAACCUAUAAUUAAUAAGAUCAUCUAUUAUCGUAUAAAAAAGAUAUUUACUUAAAAAAAUUAAUUAGUCGGACGAGGUAAUUACGUCUAAGGGCAAAAUUUGAAGGAUGCUGGGGUUGAGAUUAAGAACCGUGUUGAAAGGUUGUAUGUCCCUCUAAAGAAGAAAUGGAUGAUCAGGAGACACUUCUGAAACAAGUGUUUGGAGAAUCAUCAGAUUCAGACUCCGACGACUGUGAACAACCACAGCAGCACGAAAAUAGAUCUGAGAAUUUCGGUCAAACUCCUAGCUGGCUCCGUAUUAAGGAAAUCAAUGGAUUAUAUUUGUGCGUAGACUUUCUGUCUCCUCAACACCAAUCUUCUUUGCUCUCUGCUAUUCAAAAUGAAGGAUGGUUCACCGAUGCAUCUCACAACCAGGCCAUGAGGUUUGGAGAUCUUCCAACAUGGGCAACCAAGCUUUCUGAUUCUAUUCGUGAGGCUGUGCUUCUCAGUGGUAAUGAUUUGGCUACCUGUGAUGGGGACAAGGAAGUCUGUCCUUUGCCAUCAGAUUUGUUGUGGAGGGAGCCUCUGUUUGAUCAACUGAUAGUUAAUGUUUAUCAACCAGGUGAGGGCAUUUGUGCACAUGUUGAUCUAAUGUGUUUUGACGAUGGAAUUGCCAUCGUCUCCCUGGAGUCUUCAUGCGUGAUGCAUUUUACCAGAGUCAGAGAAGCUUCUUCAACUGGCGAGAGAGGAAUAGAGGAUCCACCUGCCAAGAAGGUUCCAGUUUACUUAACUCCAGGGUCCUUAGUUGUAAUGUCAGGAGAAGCUCGCUACCAUUGGAAGCAUGAGAUAAGUCGCAAGCCAGGCUUUCAGAUAUGGGAAGGGAAGGAGCUAAAUCAAAAAAGGAGAAUCUCCAUAACACUAAGAAAACUUUGCCGUGUUGAGUAGAGCAUGUUUACCCCCAAAUUUUGGGUACAUAUUGUUGUUCCUCU